AAAAGCAAGUGAGAGUAACAAAAAGUGUAGUGUAGUGUAGUGAGUGGAGAAGCGAGGCGUAGGCGAAACCAAGGGCUUUCUCUCUCUCGGCUGUUGUUCUUUAUUAUUACCUUUCUCUGGCUCUCUCGUCCUGUAAAGCAACGCGAAGCGACGCUGCGGUUUCAGUGGCUCUCUGUUUGUUUCUUUUUUUCACUACUCAUUUUUCAUCACAUCGCUACCGGCGCUUUUCCGGCCACCAUACUUGCUCGUCUGAGUGAUCAUGGGGAGGAAGAAGAAAACUGACGGUGGUGGUGAAAGUUCUGAGUCUCAGGAUGUUGGUGGUCGUGGCUCCCAACGAUCAGCUGAAAGGAGAGAUGGUCCACAGCAACACGGUGGCAGUGGAUAUCAUGGUGGAAGAGGUUGGGCUUCUCAAGGGGGACGGGGAGGUCAAGGUGGUGGUCGUGGCCGAGGAACAUCUCAACAUCAGCACUACGGAGGACCUCCGGAUUACCAAGGCAGGGGUAGAGGUGGGCCAUAUCAGCAUGGAGGACGCGGUAACUAUGGUGGUAAUCGCAGUGGCAUUGGGGGAGGAUCUUCUUCUGGUGGACCAUCCAGGCCACCAGUUCCCGAGCUGCACCAAGCAACCCCAGUGUAUCAAGGUGGGGUGACUCAGCCAAUGUCAUCUCUGGCGAGUUCUUCCUCCCACCCACCCGAUACAUCAUCAAUUGAUCAACAAUUUCAACAAAUUUCCAUCCAGCAGGAAUCUUCUCAAAGCCAAGCAAUUCAACCUGCACCACCAUCUAGUAAAUCUAUGAGAUUCCCUUUGAGACCAGGAAUGGGUAGCUCUGGCAUAAGGUGUAUUGUUAAGGCUAACCACUUCUUUGCUGAGCUGCCGGACAAAGAUCUUCAUCAGUAUGAUGUUACUAUCACUCCAGAAGUCACUUCACGUGUCUAUAAUCGAGCUGUAAUGCAACAGCUAGUGAACUUAUACAGGGUCUCUCACCUUGGUAAUCGUCUUCCAGCCUAUGAUGGAAGGAAAAGUUUAUACACAGCUGGUCCUCUUCCUUUCAUUUCAAAUGAGUUUAGAAUCACUCUUUUUGAUGAAGAGGAUGGAUCAGGAGGACAAAGACAGGAAAGAGAAUUUAAAGUUGUGAUCAAAUUGGCUGCUCGUGCUGAUUUGCACCAUUUAGGGCUCUUUCUGCAGGGCAGACAGGCGGAUGCCCCACAGGAAGCCCUUCAAGUUCUGGAUAUUGUAUUGCGCGAAUUGCCUACUUCAAGGUAUUGUCCAGUGGGCCGAUCAUUUUAUUCUCCUGACCUUGGCAGACGUCAGACAAUGGGUGAGGGGCUGGAAAGCUGGCGGGGCUUUUAUCAGAGUAUCCGUCCUACUCAAAUGGGCCUCUCUCUAAAUAUUGAUAUGUCAUCUACUGCUUUCAUAGAACCUUUGCCUGUCAUUGAUUUUGUGACUCAGCUUCUCAACCGUGAUGUGUCAUCGAGACCAUUAUCUGACGCUGACCGUGUGAAGAUAAAGAAGGCUCUUCGAGGUGUUAAAGUUGAAGUGACACACCGUGGUAAUAUGCGCAGAAAAUAUCGCAUAACUGGUUUGACAUCACAAGCAACACGAGAGCUAACUUUCCCGGUUGAUGAAAGAGGUACUAUGAAAUCAGUGGUCGAGUACUUCUAUGAAACAUAUGGGUUUGUUAUACAACAUACUCAGUGGCCUUGUCUUCAAGUAGGGAACCAGCAGAGACCUAACUAUCUUCCCAUGGAAGUUUGUAAGAUUGUUGAAGGCCAGAGGUAUUCCAAAAGGCUCAAUGAAAGACAGAUAACUGCUCUGCUCAAGGUUACAUGCCAACGACCAAAAGAUAGAGAGGAAGACAUUAUGCGGACGGUACGUCAUAAUGCAUAUCAUGACGAUCCAUAUGCACAGGAGUUUGGAAUUAAUAUAAGUGCUAGGCUUGCGUCUGUUGAAGCUCGUAUUCUUCCUGCACCAUGGCUAAAAUAUCAUGAGACCGGCAGAGAAAAGGAUUGCUUGCCACAGGUUGGACAGUGGAAUAUGAUGAAUAAGAAAAUGUUCAAUGGUGGUACUGUAAACAACUGGAUGUGCAUAAAUUUCUCUCGAUAUGUGCAAGACAGCGUUACUCGUGGAUUUUGUUAUGAACUUGCUCAAAUGUGUUACAUUUCUGGCAUGGCUUUCAAUCCAGAACCAGUGAUUCCUCCUAUUUUUGCUCGUCCUGAUCAUGUGGAAAAGGCCCUUAAAACUCGGUACCAUGAUGCAAUGAGCAUUCUCCAACCCCAGGGCAAGGAGCUUGAUCUGCUUAUUGUUGUUUUGCCAGAUAACAACGGAUCUCUUUAUGGUGAUUUAAAACGAAUCUGUGAAACGGAUCUUGGCCUCGUUUCCCAGUGCUGUUUGACUAAACAUGUCUUCAAAAUGAGUAAACAGUAUUUGGCCAAUGUGGCCUUGAAAAUAAACGUAAAGGUUGGGGGAAGAAAUACAGUACUUGUUGAUGCAUUAUCUAGGCGCAUACCCUUGGUUAGUGACCGCCCUACCAUUAUAUUUGGUGCCGAUGUAACUCAUCCUCACCCAGGAGAAGACUCAAGUCCAUCCAUUGCUGCUGUUGUGGCUUCUCAAGAUUGGCCGGAAGUUACAAAAUAUGCUGGUUUGGUCAGUGCUCAAGCCCAUAGGCAAGAGCUUAUCCAAGAUCUUUUCAAAACAUGGCAGGAUCCUGUUAGGGGGACUGUAACGGGUGGAAUGGUCAAGGAACUCCUCAUCUCCUUCCGUAGAGCCACUGGACAGAAACCUCAGCGCAUUAUAUUUUACAGGGAUGGGGUUAGCGAAGGACAGUUUUACCAAGUUUUAUUGCAUGAGCUGGAUGCAAUUCGAAAGGCAUGCGCUUCUCUAGAACCAAACUACCAACCUCCAGUGACUUUCGUUGUUGUACAGAAGCGUCAUCACACUAGGUUAUUUGCUAAUAACCAUUCUGAUCGCCACGCUGUUGACAAGAGUGGGAACAUAUUGCCUGGUACGGUCGUUGACUCCAAAAUUUGUCACCCUACGGAAUUUGACUUUUACCUGUGCAGUCAUGCUGGAAUCCAGGGUACAAGUCGUCCAGCUCACUACCAUGUUCUGUGGGAUGAGAACAAGUUCACAGCUGACAGAUUGCAGACUCUAACCAAUAAUCUUUGUUAUACGUAUGCAAGGUGUACUCGCUCUGUUUCUAUUGUGCCCCCAGCCUACUACGCUCAUCUUGCUGCAUUCCGAGCUCGUUUCUAUAUGGAACCCGAGACUUCUGAUAGCGGGUCAAUUAGCAGUGAUGCUGCUGCUGGACGUGGUGGUGGUGGUGGUGGUGGUGGUCGCAGCACACGGGCACCAGGGUUGAAUGCUGCUGUUCGACCUUUGCCAGCUCUCAAAGAGAAUGUUAAGAGGGUUAUGUUCUAUUGUUGAUGUGUUUUACUACCACUGGUUGCUUCACUUCAAGUGUCUUUGUUUAGUUUCCGGAGCUUUGGUUUGAAUUUGUGGAACUUCCCACUUGUGUAUGAUGAUGAACUUCGGUAUUUGUUAUUUUGUGUGUUACAACUCAUUGGUGGCUCAUGCCCAUGCACCCUACGGUGACAUGCUUUGCCGCCCAUUCGAGAACCUUAUAAUGCCAUAAACUUAGCUUUCAACAACUA